GAGGGCGCCGGAGCCCUCGCUGAACAAUCACAUCUUCUCCGCGAUGGGGGCGGGGAUGGCGCGGGCUGUCACCGCACAGGAUGUGCUUUCUGGGCUUGCUUUCGCUUUGCUGGGUGCACCGAGAGGCCCCGAGCAUCAUCACCGACAUGGAGGGCUGAGCAGGUGGCCUCGGAGGAAGGGCGGAGGCUGCCGCCUUGAACCCAUCCCGAGCUCCAGGCCUCUCCAGGAGCACGAGUCCGGCUCAGGCCCGGUGCCCUGCUGGCGCUCAGGACCUUGUUUGGCUAGGAGGCGCCCCUGACCUUGGUCUCUCCCCGGUUCCAGAUCUGCGCCAGGACCAUGGGCGCCGCGCUGAGCACUGGCACCCGGCUGGUCUCACUGCCCCGCAGAGCCUGCGGUCCCCUCCCGCGCUGGACACCCUCCGCGCCCGCCCUAGGCUGCCACUCCAAGUCCGGCCCGCCUCGCCCAGUGCCCCUGAAGAAGCGCGGAUACGAUGUCACCAGGAACCCGCAUCUCAACAAGGGUAUGGCCUUUACACUGGAAGAAAGGCUGCAUCUUGGAAUCCAUGGCCUGAUCCCCCCCUGCUUCCUGAGCCAGGAUGUCCAGCUCCUUCGGAUCAUGAGAUACUAUGAGAGUCAGCAGAGAGACCUGGACAAGUACAUCAUUCUCAUGACUCUCCAAGACCGCAACGAGAAGCUCUUCUACCGGGUGCUGACGUCGGACGUGGAGAAGUUCAUGCCCAUUGUGUACACACCCACUGUGGGGCUGGCCUGUCAGCACUAUGGCCUGACCUUCCGCCGACCUCGUGGGCUGUUUAUCACCAUUCACGACAAAGGCCACAUUGCAACUAUGCUGAACUCUUGGCCAGAGGACAAUAUUAAGGCUGUGGUGGUGACUGAUGGAGAACGCAUACUGGGCUUGGGAGACCUGGGAUGCUAUGGAAUGGGCAUCCCUGUGGGCAAGCUGGCCCUGUACACGGCGUGUGGAGGGGUGAACCCACAGCAGUGCCUUCCUGUUCUUCUGGACGUUGGCACCAACAACCAGGAGCUGCUCAAGGACCCUCUGUACAUCGGCCUGAAACACCAGCGUGUGCGAGGGAAGGAGUAUGAUGACUUGCUGGACGAGUUCAUGCAGGCUGUGACAGAUAAGUUUGGAAUAGAUUGCCUCAUCCAAUUUGAAGACUUUGCCAAUGCCAAUGCCUUCCGUCUGCUCAACAAAUACCGCAACAAGUACUGUAUGUUCAAUGACGACAUCCAAGGCACAGCCUCUGUCGCUGUGGCAGGGAUCCUGGCUGCUCUGAGAAUCACCAAGAACAGGCUCUCCAAUCAUGUGUUUGUUUUCCAGGGUGCAGGUGAGGCAGCCAUGGGCAUUGCCCACCUCCUUGUCAUGGCCCUAGAAAAGGAAGGCAUACCCAAGGCAGAGGCCACAAGGAAGAUCUGGAUGGUGGAUUCCAAAGGUCUGAUCGUCAAGGGGAGGAGCCACCUGAACCAUGAAAAGGAGCUGUUUGCUCAAGACCAUCCUGAAGUGAAGUCCCUGGAGGAGGUGGUGAGACUGGUGAAGCCCACCGCCAUUAUAGGUGUUGCCGCCAUCGCAGGAGCCUUCACGGAGCAGAUUCUGAAGGACAUGGCCUCCUUCCACGAGCGCCCUAUCAUCUUUGCCCUGAGCAACCCCACCAGCAAGGCCGAGUGCACAGCUGAGAAGUGCUACCGGGUCACCGAGGGACGAGCGAUCUUUGCCAGUGGAAGUCCUUUUAAGAGUGUGACGCUGGAAGAUGGCAGGACAUUCACCCCUGGGCAGGGAAACAAUGCCUAUGUGUUCCCUGGGGUAGCACUGGGAGUCAUUGCCAGCAGGAUUCGGCAUAUCCCAGAUGAGAUCUUCCUCCUGACAGCAGAGCAAAUUGCCCAAGAGGUCUCUGAACAGCAUCUGUCUCAGGGGAGACUGUACCCACCACUCAGCACCAUCCGAGAUGUCUCUCUGAGAAUUGCAGUCAAAGUCCUCGACUAUGCGUAUAAACACAACCUGGCCUCCUACUAUCCAGAGCCCAAGGACAAGGAGGCUUUUGUAAGGUCUCUCAUCUAUACUCCAGACUAUGACUCCUUCACACUGGACAGCUACAGUUGGCCCAAGGAAGCUAUGAAUAUUCAGACAGUCUAAUGCACUCGGGGUUUUGGGGGGCUGACCGAAGAAAUAUAAUAUAAAUGGUUCCAAAAUGGCCAA